UCUUCCUCACUGCAUCCAGCUUCCCAGUUGUCUGUGCUACCAUCUCCCAGCCUGCUCACCGUUCUCACGCUCAUCAUCCCUGCGGCCCCAAUUCAUCCCCUGCUGUGCCAACAUGGCGCUCUCCAAGCAGCUCGUGCUUGUGGCAGCCCUGGUGGUCAUGUUCAUUGGUUCUGCUCAUGCAUGGAAAAACGGGUGCGACGCCGACGUCCAUGGCGGCGACGUCAACAACUGCGGCGGCUGCAAAGUGAAGUGCUACGCCCCGCCCCACGCCACCGCCAAGUGCAACAAAGGCAAAUGCGGGUACAGCUGCCAAUUCGGGUGGGGCAACUGCGACAAGGACUGGAAGAACGGGUGCGAGAAGGACCUGAGCAAGGACGUCAACAACUGCGGCUGGUGCGGCAACAAGUGCAAGCAGCCCAAGUACCACGGCGGAGAGACCGUGUGCAGAGGUGGCAAGUGCGUGGAGCAGUGCAUGAAGGGGAUGAAGUGGAACGACAAGAUGAAGUGCUGCGUUUAGGCGACAUCUCGGCCCAGCUCCAACGCACCAUCUAUCCGGCCGAGUUGUUGCGGUAAUCACCGUCAGAAGGAGGAGAUUGGUCCGAUGUGCUGCAGAGAGCGCGGCGGAGGUGGGGCGCGGUGAAGAUGCGGAGAUGGUCUAGUUGUGAUAUAUCUAGAGAUCUAGUUGUGGUGUGAUCCAAUAAGACUUGUGUUGAGCGUAUCACCUCGAUACCUGCACGGCAAGCUGCUGGCUGAAGCCUGGGCUGCCCUCUAGAGUAGAGUAGAGUAGAAUGUGGUGUGGACCGGAGCUGCUGGAGGUGGGUUCUUCCUGUUCACGUUCGCGAUGGUGUUUUGGGUCUGCGGCGGGAGGAGGGCGUGAAGCCUACCCCAGCAGAAGAGGGGAUUGCGUGCAAGUGUGAUGAGUCCCAGAAAUAAACUCACGAUUUGGGCCACGAUGAAGGUCCGCGUUGGUGGCUA